AUCAUUAGCAAUGCAAAGUCAUGGUGCUCUGAUACUCUUGUUCACGGUGCCAGAUUAAGAGGAAAUCUGCUUAGACCAAUGUUUUUGGAUGAACUUGGUUAGAAAAAGCAGCUGACGACCCGGAACCAAAAAUGAACUGGGCCUCCUUUUAUGCUGUCAUUAGCGGCGUUAACAGACACUCCACUGGCAUCGGCCGCAUCUGGCUCUCUGUCCUGUUCAUCUUCCGCAUCCUGGUCUUGGUGGUUGCAGCUGAGACCGUUUGGGGAGACGAGAAGUCUGGCUUCACUUGCAACACCCAGCAGCCUGGUUGCAACAGUGUUUGCUAUGACCACUUCUUCCCCAUCUCCCACAUCCGCCUCUGGGCCCUCCAGCUCAUCCUUGUCUCCACUCCGGCCCUGCUGGUGGCCAUGCAUGUGGCCCACCGCCGACACGUCGACAAAAGGCUCUACAAAAUGUCCGGCCGGACCAAUCCCAAGGACCUGGAGCAGAUAAAGACCCAGAAGAUGAAAAUCACAGGGGCUCUGUGGUGGACAUAUGUCAUCAGCCUGUUGUUCCGCAUUGUGUUUGAAGUCAUUUUUAUGUUUCUGUUUUACAUGAUAUAUCCUGGUUACAAGAUGAUCCGGCUAGUGAAGUGUGACUCCUACCCCUGCCCCAACACAGUGGACUGUUUUGUGUCGAGGCCCACAGAAAAAACCGUCUUCACCGUCUUUAUGUUGGCUGUGUCUGGGGUUUGCAUUCUACUCAACAUAGCAGAGGUGGCAUUCCUGGUGGGAAAGGCCUGCGGUAAACACCUGCACAGUGCUGGAGACUCAACCAUGGGAGCUUGGAUCCAACAUAAACUUCACUCCUUCUAACCGAGGCAGAUUUCUGCCUAUUUUUCACAGGGAUAUCAGAUGAAAGGCAUAAGAAGGACUGUAUUUGUGAUACUGCUUUUAACAAUAUGAAAUAAAUGAGAAUUAAUGGUUAAUGAAUAGAUCCUGGGUUCAAAGCGGACAAAAUAUAUUGUUCCAAGAAUUCAUAUAUAUGCUAGUUAGGUUGCAAAUUAUAAUAAAUAAUUGUUGUGUUGGAAGAAUGUACCUACAUAAUGUUUCUGUAUUAUAUUUACUAUCCCUUUUAAUGUCAUUACAUAUGAUGUAUUUACAUUAUUUAUUUUUAUUUAUAUUGAAUUUAAUAGAUAAGAAUUCUGACAAUGACUUGAACCUAACACACUUUACUUGAUAUAUGGCAAGAGGAUUUAUCUUAAAA